AUGAGUGGAACAUCUUCUAUUCCAUAUGGUUAUCAAAAUAGUAAUCCAUUACUUUAUACAUUUCGAGAUUAUCAUACAGGUAUUCAACCAUAUUUUAUUAUUGCCUCACAGUUUCUCAUAUUCGAAUUCUCUCUACGAUUUUGGGAUAAAGCCGUUUAUGGAACAUGGUUAUUACCAGAGGAAGUUAUUAUCGUUGAGAGAGUCAAAAAUCCUCCGAGUGGCCGGCGCCGUCCAACCACUCAUUUACCUCCAACGAUUACUACGCAGAUAACACAAAACUCUUUUACUGCUUCGACUGUCUUCAUUUUUCAAGAAUUUAAAAAACUCUCAUUGAAAACGAAAAAUACAGAAAAACUGCCAACAUUUGACUUAUAUGAUGUUGUUUACUCUGCGUUAGCCUUACUUGCUCAUGCAAUUUGGUAUUGUUAUAUUCAAUCUAACUGUAUGUCAGGUCAAUAUGCCACAAUAUGGAAUUGUUAUAAUCUCUUUGGUUAUCGAGUAUAUAAUUAUCUAUUUGGUCCAUUCACUAGUUUAGCUUUUAACUUUAUUUCAAAAUUGAUCAUAUUACGUGAGCAUGGAAUAAUUAAACUUCUACAUAGAAAGCAAAAAUGGCGAAAGACAUUGGCAAUGAUAAUAUUUUAUCCAUCUUUAGUUUUAUCAGCAAUUACAUUUGUUUUUGUUGGAGCUUUAAUUCUUCCCUAUUUAUUUACAAAUGCUAUACCAAUGAUGAUUAUUUAUGCAUUUAUCGCUAUGACCUACGCAUAUAUUGUUAUACUUAUAGUACUCGCACUACGAGUAUAUACAGUCUUUACUGGACAUGUAUUUUCUUUUGAAGGUGAUAACCUUGGAUUUUUUAAACGACAAAUGAAAAAAUAUCAUUAUCAACGACAGCUAGUUAUUCAAGCUGGUCUUCGAUUACUUCCAUACUUGAUGACAAUUUUAUUUAAUUUAUCGCAAUACUUUUAUUAUGGGGAUAGUUUUUUGGACGCACUUGUUCGUGAAGC